AUGACCAUCCAGGAUAAUGUCGUACCAAAUAACUAUACCGUUCAUAUGGUUCCAUGUAAAAUACGGUACACGGGUCCUACAAAAGAGCUAACAAACAAUAUGAUAAUCGAGGAGACCAAUGACAAAUACAACAGUACCUAUAUCACAGGGCACAAAAUCAGAGGGAGAGAAGUGGACACUUCGCAACAGAUGUUAUCUCCUUACAUAUUGAAAGACAAUCCAGAAACUACCACGGAUGAGAAGCUAUCAACAAUCUCAAGUAAGAAUGCUUCGCCAAUACAACACUUGAUAAAUUACGAAAGAGAAGGCAACGAGUCCAGACUCGUUGAAGAAAUGUCCAAGCUGGAAGAGUUCCUAUUGCUUAACACGUCAUCCAUUCCUAAACACCUGGGAAAGAGGCAACUUACCAAUUACAACACACCGACAUUACUGCUCAAGUUACUCUUCCAACAAACAACUCAUCCCACACCCAACAAACCUGCAUUACCUAGGAGACCUCCACAAUACUAUUUAGACACUUUGUUUACUCCAAAUAUAUAUACAUAUACACAAUCAUAUACAAGCACACAACACACCCAAUUGAACAGUCUAACAACACUGAGCGCAGCUCAUUGCAUCGCUACAUCUUGGAAAUUUCUUAAAAAAAAUUAA